CGGCCGGGGCCGGUGCGACUGCGGGGUCUGCAUCUGUCACGUGAGCGAGCCGGGCGUGUACUUCGGGCCCCUGUGUGAAUGCCACGAAUGGGUGUGCGAGACCUACGACGGGAAGACCUGCGCAGGCCAUGGUAAGUGUGACUGCGGAAAGUGCAAAUGUGACAAAGGAUGGUCUGGGGAUGCUUGCCAGUACCCAACUAAUUGUGAUCUGACAAAGAAAAAAAGUAACCAAAUGUGCAAGAAUUCUCAAGAUAUCAUCUGCUCUAAUGCAGGUACAUGUCACUGUGGCAGAUGUAAGUGUGAUAAUUCAGAUGGAAAUGGACUCGUUUAUGGCAAAUUUUGUGAGUGUGAUGAUAGAGAAUGCAUAGAUGAUGAAACAGAAGAAAUAUGUGGAGGCCAUGGAAAGUGUUACUGUGGAAACUGUUACUGUGAUGCUGGUUGGCAUGGAGAUAAAUGCGAAUUCCAGUGUGAUAUCACCCCCUGGGAGAGCAAGCGAAGAUGCACAUCACCAGAUGGCAAAAUCUGCAGUAACAGAGGGACUUGUGUGUGCGGUGAAUGUUCUUGCCACGAUGUUGACCCAACUGGAGACUGGGGAGAUAUUCACGGAGACACCUGUGAGUGUGAUGAAAGGGAUUGUAGAGCUGUCUACGACAGAUAUUCUGAUGACUUCUGUUCGGGUCAUGGACAAUGUAACUGUGGAAGAUGUGACUGCAAAGUAGGCUGGUAUGGGAAGAAGUGUGAGCACCCACGUUCCUGCCCACUGUUGGCUGAGGAGAGCAUCAAGAAGUGCCAAGGGAGCUCCGAUCUGCCCUGCUCCGGAAGGGGUAAAUGUGAAUGUGGCAAAUGUACCUGCUACCCGCCGGGGGACCGCAGGGUGUAUGGGAAGACCUGCGAGUGCGAUGAUCGCCGCUGUGAAGACCUCGACGGUGUAGUCUGUGGAGGCCACGGCACGUGUUCCUGUGGCCGCUGCGUGUGCGAGAGAGGAUGGUUCGGAAAGCUCUGCCAACAUCCCAGGAAGUGCAACAUGACGGAGGAACUGAGCAAGAGUCUGUGUGAAUCAGCAGAUGGCAGACUGUGCUCCGGAAAGGGUUCUUGUCACUGUGGAAAGUGCAUUUGUUCUGCUGAAGAAUGGUACAUUUCAGGGGAAUUCUGCGACUGUGAUGAUAGGGACUGCGACAAACAUGAUGGUCUCAUUUGCACAGGGAAUGGAAUAUGCAGCUGUGGAAACUGUGAGUGCUGGGACGGAUGGAACGGAAACGCAUGUGAAAUCUGGCUUGGCACAGAAUACCCUUAACAAUGAGAGAGGACGGGGUUCUUCUUUGCCUAGGCCAUUAGAAAUAUAAAUGCAGAGGAAGCCGUGUAUAAUCACCACGAGGACAGGUCCAACAGACUGUUGUAUGUUUUUCUAUUUCUGAAAGCCCGGAUGAAAUCUGGAUACCCAUUAAAAAUGAGUUAAGCAAACUCAGAUGUAAAUAACACCAGGAAAGAAAAUUUCUCCUACAAUUUACAUCAGUGGUUCUCAACAAGGGUGACUUUGCCACCCAGAAAACAUCUGGCAAUGUCUACAGACAAUUCUGAUGGUCACACUGGGUGGGGUUGGAGGGUGCUCUUCGGGCGUCUAGUGGGUAGAGAUCAGGGAUACGGCUAAACACCCAACAGUGCACAGGACAGUCCCAACGAUGAAGAAUUUUCUGACUUCAGAUGUCAUUAGUUGCAGAGUUGAGGAAAGCUGAAUUACAUGGUUGUUAAAAAUGCACAUCCCUACACAAGAAAGGCCAUUUUAGACUCAAAGAAAAAGAGCCCUACAUAAAUCCAUUGAUCAUAUGUUGCCAGAAUUCCCCAUCACUCAGUGUUUCCAUAUGGAAAUGAAGGCAAACACACUUGAAGUACAAUGUUGGAUUGGGGUGGGGGUGGGGGGGCAGAGGCCAGAUCACCAAUGCUUUUAGUCAUUAAGUCAUUUGUUUAGUCUCACUUUAAACUCACAAAAGAAGUUCUCUUAAGAUGAAGGAAGAAAUUAUGGAAAAUGUACAAUUUAGCAUUUUUAAUAAAUAGUGACAUAAGUUGUUUACAAUCUGUGUCAAUAUGUAUUUUACCAACUGAGGACUGACUAACAAAAGAAUGAAUUGCUGUUCAAGAGCAUCCAUUUUUCUGUGACUAGAGCAUGUUUUAAACUGGACAUGGGUUACAUGUACAAGGAAUCUGAUUUUUCCCUAGAAGUUACUCCAUGGUAACUUGCCUUUUCAAAAGACAAUAUCUAGUUAGGUCUAUGAUGGGCUGAUAUAUGCAUUCAUUUCUCUUAAAAGGCUCUAUUAUUUCUAAGGAUACAUUUCUCACUGGAAAAGUAGGGCCAUACAUGGAAGUCAAGAAGAGACGUUGCGAUAAAAUGGUACCAGUCCCACAAGCUCAGAAGAUAAAAAGAAAAAUCUAUAAAUGGCUUAAAUAGAAGUUACAAAUAUUCACUCAGUGAUAGGAAUAAAAUGUUUAUUUUCAUAAUGGUGAAAUUUCGCUCUGUAUGAAAUUCACAUCAAAUUAUGAAAAUGUACAAUAACUUGGACUUCCCUUACAUAUUUGCAAUCAAGUCUACUUAUACCCAUUAGUUUAGGCAACCUUUAAUUAUUUAGAGCUAAAAAAGACCCACUUUUUAUUUAAUGUGGAUUAUAUUUUGUAAAAUCCUGCAAUAAUGUAAUAAAAUCAUUUUAUUAUUGUUUAAGAUGAAAAAUUUUACUUGGACAUUUUACUUAAUGAUGUAAAUAUUCUAGACUCAUGGUUUGGACUUUAUAAAUCAAACCACCAAAAGUGAGGAAAAUGUGUACCUGCAGGGUUACUUAAAAUUUACAUUAAAAAUUAUUUAAGAGAAAUUUAAUUGAUGCUGAUUUUUAGAAUACUGACAGUGUUCUCUGACUUUAACAGAUUUAUAAAAUUGUUAUCUCUAUCCUGAGAUUAAGGAGUGCAACCACACCAGUUGUAUCUCAAUUGUUCAGUGCAUCAAUUGAAAUAUCAGUUUUGUAAAUGAGGGAAAUGUAAGCAGUUAAGAAAUUAUAGAUAUAUAGAUAGAUAUCUAUACAUCUAUAGAUAUGCAUAUAUAUAUAAUAUCCUUUCCUCUUCUCUAAACAUUUUAAGCCUCAAACAAACCUAUUUUAACUGUUCAGUAGCAAUUUCAAUGAUGACUGAUUUGAUGAUGGACCCAUGGGCAUUCACUACGUUAUCACGGUACAGUGACAUCCAUAGUCCUUACUGCAGAGCUCUGCUUUUGGUGGAAAGGACCAGAUAGUAAACAUUGUAGACUUUGUGGGCCACAUACAUCUCUUUCGCAUAUACUCUGUUGUUUGUGUUUAAAACAGUAUAAAGAAAAAAAAACUCAUUCUGAGCUCCUGCGCCAUACAAAAGCCAAUUGCAAGCUGGGUUUGGCUCACAGCUGAGGAAUAAAUGAUCAACCUGUGCUUUGAUGGAACUGCCGUUAAUUUCCUGUUUCCUCACAUAACUCCAGGUGUGUCUUAUUUUUCUUGUAAUUAUCUAUAUUUGUUAUCCCUUUUCAUUAACAACUACAGCAAAAGUGUUUCUCUUUUAAAAAUUUAAUAUAAGAAAAGAGUUCUCAGCAGUUAUGUUUUUAAAGAAAAAGUUUAGAUAUGGAGAAAUGUUAAUUAUAAAGUUCAGAAUGGGAUUUGUCCAAAAUUUUUGAUAAUGAAAAUAUAUUGCAGUCAGCUAUAUUCUGGGUUCCUUUAGUUACAAAUUAUUGAACGAAAAUUUUCAUAUUUCUCCUGUGUGUGUGUGUGUGUAUGUGUGAUGUUGACUCCAGCUUGCAAACAUCAAUAGAUCUAUUAAGAAUUUAAUUUAUAUGUUUAAAUGGGAAAAAGUUAAACAUAGUUACAUAUAAAGACCUACAUUCUACCCUUCUUAAAUGUGAUUUUGUACUUUGACUUUUGAUUCCAUUACUAAGAUAGAAACUCCCUCUUUAAAAAAUGCCAAGGCAAGAGCAAAUUUGUAAUAGGAGGAGGGAAAAUGUGCCAAUCUCAUUGGCCGGUUCAAGUUUGUCCCAAGUUACAGUGAGAUUAAUGUGAAUUGAGAAUGAUAUAAUAAGUGAUGUUGGCCACAACCUUGCUUGCUUUGCAAACCAUCACUGAGGAAUCCUCCUAAGAGGGACUUCUCCAUAGAAUUCGACUAAGGUCCUAAGACCUAAGAAGAGAAUCAUUAUACCCCAUUUCUCCCAGGACUCCUUGAGCUAAUUUAGAUUCCUUCAACACAUUGAAAGAAAUGACCACACCAUCCCAGAUGCAAAUGCAGUCUCUGCCAGCAGACAUCAGGAUUAGACUGAAUAGUAUAGCAAAACCAGGAAAAAACCAUAAUUCAGCCUUUGUUUUCAGACUCUAUCAAAACUUUGAAACCCAGUUCAGUAUUCAAGCAUCAACAGGUUCUAUGUACCACCUUGUAAGCUAAGGAACUUAAGCGAUGAAAUGUAUUUUCUCCAAAGUAACCCAAUUCACAUCUGGAUUUUGAUAUGCCUACAUUUAGCUGAAUUGCUUUCUCCAGAUAUAGUCUAGUUCUGAAAUGAAAUUAAAAAUAAAUUUCAAAUAUUUUCACUUCUAAA